UCUUAAAUACUGUUAAAUUCACAGCAAUUUAAGCCAUAAUUUCAGCACCAACGGCCAUGGAGAUUAUCUUCCUUUUCUUAUGUUUAGCUUCUGUGGUCCUUAUCCUUGCUGUUGGUCUCUUUGCUUUCAAGCGCCGAUCUAACGAUGACGCCGAGAACCUGCCGCCAGGGAGUCUGGGAUGGCCUGUAGUAGGGGAAACUCUGGAAUUCUUGUUUGGGAACCCAGAAAAGUUUGUUUUUCACAGGAUGAAGAAGUACUCACCUGAUAUUUUUAAGACAAAGAUUCUUGGAGAGAAAACAGUUGUCAUAUGUGGUCGUAAUGGGCACAAAUUUCUCUUCUCCAAUGAGCAGAAGCUUUUCACUGCAUUUCGUCCUCAUUCCAUGCAGAAGCUCUUUCGAUCAUAUCAAGCUACUGCUGCUGCCCCUAUUCAGAUUUCUCGUGAAGCAGAGUCCAAAAUACUAAGGUCUCCAGGAUUCUUGAAGCCUGAGGCUCUCGUGAGGUACUUGGGGGAAAUGGAUUCCAUCACACAGCAGCAAAUGAAAACUUAUUGGGAGGGUAGAGAUGAAGUCAAGGUCUUUCCUCUUGCAAAGACUCUAACUCUGUCUCUUGCCUGUCGAUUUUUCUUGGGCACAAAUGAUCCUGAGCGAAUAGCUAGGCUUGUUAGUAAUUUUGACGAUAUAACACUGGGUAUGCAUUCUAUUCCUGUAAAUUUCCCUGGAACCAUUUUUUACAGAGCUAGCAGGGCUGCAGAUGCAAUAAGAAAGGAACUCAAAACAAUAAUUGCUGAGAAGAAGGCAGCGAUUGCCACAGGAACUCCGACGCAGGACAUACUGUCCUACAUGAUCGUGGUCACUGACCCUUCUGGUAAGCACAUGCCGGAGGCGGAGAUUGCUGACAAAAUUAUGGGUUUGCUAGUUGCAGGAUACAGUACAGUGGCUACUGCUAUGACUUUCUUCAUGAAAUACGUUGGAGAGAGGCCUGACAUUUAUGCUAAGGUCCUAGCAGAGCAAAAGGAGGUUUCAUCAGCUAAAGAGGAAGGCAAGCUUCUGGAUUGGGAUGAUAUUCAGAAGAUGAAAUACUCUUGGAAUGUAUUGUAUGAAGUGAUGAGGCUCACACCUCCACUCCAAGGAACUUUCAGAGAGGCCUUGACUGAUUUCACAUAUGCUGGUUACACUAUUCCCAGGGGAUGGAAGGUAUAUUGGACGGUGAGUACAACAAACAAGAAUUCAGAGUACUUCAAAGACGCUGAAAGAUUUGAGCCGUCAAGAUAUGAAGAUGAGAAAGCAUUUCCUCCAUUCACAUUUAUGCCAUUUGGAGGUGGACCUCGAAUGUGUCCGGGAAAAGAGUAUGCUCGGUUAGCAGUGUUGACCUUUGUCCAUAAUGUGGUCAAGAGGUUUAAAUGGGAGUUGGUUUCUUCCAAUGAAAAGAUUAUAGGUGACAUGAUGCCAACUCCUGAAAAGGGUUUUCCAAUUCGCCUUCUACCCCACUAGAGUAAAAAUCUUUUCUAGUCUUGCUUGCAAUGUUAAAUUGUUUUGGGUACCGAGUAAUAGUUCUAGCCGUGGUUUGUUACUUUUUUUUU